AUGGAUAAAUACCAUCCAGGUUACUUCGGUAAAGUUGGUCAAAGAUACUUCCACAAACAACAAUUACAUUUCUGGAAACCAGUUUUAAACUUGGACAAAUUAUGGACUUUAGUUCCAGAAGAUAAAAAAGAACAAUACUUAUCAUCUUCAUCAGCUUCUGCUGCUCCAGUUAUUGACACUUUAGCUCAUGGUUACGGUAAAGUUUUAGGUAAAGGUCGUUUACCAGAAGUUCCAGUCAUCGUUAAAGCUAGAUUUGUUUCAAAAUUAGCUGAAGAAAAAAUUAGAGCUGUUGGUGGUGUUGUUGAAUUAGUUGCUUAA